AGAAAACGCGUCGCUCUGUACGGCGUAGAAUCAAUCGACGGACACGGCCUCCUCAGACCUGGUGACUUCGCCGACUGUACCAAUGCGCUGCUAACUAUUCUAGCGAACGGAGAACACGCUCUGGAGUUCGUGAUCUUACCCGCGUUUACGACUACGGUUUUGUGUUUACUACUCCGCGUAUUUUGUGUGAAAGUGUCCGAAGUUCAGCUGUUGUAGAAUAUAUUUCUCCGUGCUUUUUUUUUUUUCGUACCGUUCCGCCUAGAGGUAGUAAUGGUAUUAAUCAAAGUACACCGACAGCUUGGAACAAGUGCAAUAAUAUUUAUUUUUGGAUUGAGUGUAACUUUCGCUAACUACACAAGGAUCGUUGGAGACCGUCAGCCAUGCCAGGAUGAAGGAGAACCAGUGGCGGUGGACCACAUUGAUAAAUCCCGUUGUUUUUCCUGUAUAUGCCAGAAUGGCUUUGUGGAAUGUAAACAUUAUUAUAACUGUCCAACAAUUAUGGGCUGUCAUUUCAUUGUGGCUCCAGAGCAAGAGAGAGAUGGAUGCUGCCAGAGAUGUGAAGGGUGUGUAUACAAAGGAGCUCGUUACAGAAGUCACACAGAGUGGACAGAUCCAGGAGAUCCCUGUAAGGCUUUGAGGUGCGAAGCUGGAGUCGUCACCGAAUCAGAUCUUCAAUGUUACACGCCUUGCUCUAAUCCAAUUCCUCCUGAGAAGGGAAAAUGUUGCCCCACGUGUCCAGAAUGCAAAAUAAAUGGACAAACAGCUACGGACGAUAGAGACGUCACAGCCGACGACCCCUGUGUAAAAUGCAGAUGUACAGAUCGAGGAAUGCUCUGCACCAAAAAAGCCUGUCCGGUACUCCAGUGCACCAAGCACUAUCAGAUCCAUCCCCACGGAGAAUGCUGCCCAAGGUGUCAAGGUACCAGGUCGUUGAUGAAAGUAAAGAACUCCUGCCUUCUGCAAAGUUUAUUUAUCAAAGAUGGACUCAUGUUCAACACUGAUCGAUGUACUAAUUGCAGUUGCAUAGAUCAAACAUCUGUCUGCAAACGGAACUCCUGUCCAGUUCUGGAAUGUUCUCCUGAAUUGCAGAGGUCUGUGCCCGGCAGUUGUUGCAAGGUGUGCGCAGAGCCGGAAGAAUUCAGGAGUCAGUGCUUCUACCAGGGAAAAAUUUAUGAGGAUGGUCAAUCAUGGAGGAUGGACGCCUGUAGAUCCUGCAAAUGCCACAAAGGAAUGCCUAGUUGUGCCAUGAUUCGCUGCAACGUCACCCUUCCAUGUCCUACAGGAACCAAGCUAGUUCACCAUCCUGGAGAAUGCUGUGCCAAAUGUCAAGAAGUUGAUGGAGUUUGCAUGGUUUAUGGAGAUCCCCACUACAAAACCUUCGAUGGAAAGCUUUAUACCUUCCAUGGCGUUGGAAAGUAUCAACUCGUGUCGGAUUGCGUCAACAACACAUUUUCCAUAAGGGUAGCGAAUGCCUACAGCAGAUCGGUCAGUAGAAGGAUGCACAAUAGACCAUCAAGAACAGCAACAAAAAGAAUAGCCAUCAGAUUUGGCAGCACCAGGAUAAACUUGCAGCAACGUUUACGUCUGAAGUAUAACGGUCAAUUGGUUAAGCUACCGUUUGAAGGUGAUCAGAAGGUAAAAAUGGAGAAAGAGGGAGAGAAUUUGUUGGUUACGUUAGAAAACGGAGUCAAGAUCUUGUGGUCUGGCAAAAGCUUCUUGGAAAUCUCUGUUCCUGGAACUUUCAGGAACAAAGUCUGCGGUUUGUGCGGUAACUUCAACUCCAACGCUCAGGAUGAUUUUAAAAUGAGAAAAGGAAGGAUCGCCAAGGACUCUGAAGUUCAAAUGUUUGGAGCGUCUUGGUGUUUUGGGUCGAGGAUAAAUUGCACCAAGCAGUCCAAACAAUUCGACCAUACUGCCUGCGUGAGUCCAAGAACGGAACAGAAAUACUGCAAAUAUAUGAGAGAUCCAUCUGUCGUCGGAAACUGCAACACUGUUAUCAAUGUGGACAAGUACUACAAAACUUGCAAAAUGGAUAUGUGCAACUGCGGCACUGAGAAGUGCUAUUGCGAGAAUCUUAUGGCGUAUACGAGGGAUUGUCAGAGAUUAGGCGUGCAACUUCCAAACUGGCAGAAGAACAGCCUGUGCUACGCUUCUGCUCCUAAACGUAGAAAAUCGAGCUCCAAGGAACUACCAACGAUUUUUUCGUCGGAUGAAAUCGAGAGAUACAAACAACUACUGAUCAAUAAACCUAUUAAGCAUAGAACACCUUUACCUACUAUUUCUUGAAGAGGUUGUAAUCUCUCAUCACUAGUCAUUUUCAGUAUUUGAAAGCCAUAUAUAGAUUGAUGUAAUUGAAAGUUGUAUAUAUGUAUUUCAGCUCCAGGUAUUUUAUGCUUGAAGAAUAAGAAGCUUAAACUGAUGUUAAUUUAUCUCUAUCGGAAAAAUCUUGGGAUUUGUUAUUUAUUGAAGAUAUUUCUGUUAUGAUUGGUUGACCUCAGCAAUAAUUCUCGAAUUAGAGGUCAAGCAAAAAUUACAACACGAUAGACUACCAUUAGGCUGAAAAUUGUUUUUGCGAGCAGUUGUUUUGUAUAUACGUUUUAGUAUUUUUAAUUCAAUUCUUGUUGAAAAAAGAUCUCUGUCGAUUUGAAUGAGUUGGAUAUUUCGUUCAUUGAAACCGUUCCUAAAUAUUGUACAAUUUUUUUUUUAAUUAAAAUUAAGUGUUGUUUUGCUCCGCUCUAAGUUGUAUAAGAUUUGAUACUCAUAUUUCUUCUUUUCCGACAUUUAUGGGUGUCGAAUGGAUUUUUUGCAUUUUGUUUCUCGAUGAAACCUCCAUUUCAAGUGUUAUCUCUUGGAAGAAAAAUAGGUAAUGUUGUAAUAAGUUGCGUUCUAUGAAUGUGAUUCUCGUAUACAUAUUAAUCACAGUGAUUUUGUAUGUGACUAAUUUCAGUUGAAUGUUGAGUCAACAUGACUUCCUAUAAUUUUGCGAUGUAAGUUUUGUUGUCAUUUGACUAAUUGUACAAUCUUAAUGAUAAUGAGGAUGAAUCUCUCGAUAUGAAUAUAAGUGCUUUUUGUUGACCAGGAAAAUAUUGUACUUAGUAUUUUUGAUUCUAAUCUGAUUAGUUUAAUCGUUUAUAUCAAUAUAGUAAUGUAAUACUUGAAUCAUUUAUUUAAAACUAUUUAUUUGUUUUGUAAUAUUAUGCAAUAAAUGGAGAUCAAAUUAG